AGAAGCAAACAGUUCAUAAGCACGGUUACGGAUCGCGUAUAUAUUGGGUUUUCAUUAUUUAAUUUAUCUCCGUUUGCUGGCCCCGCCGCUCGUCAGUGUGCAUUUCCACGGGAUGAAUUUGGAACGAUAUACCGAAUUCUUCAAGUGUAGUGUCGAACGGGAGUCGAAAUUUGAUAAAAAAAAUCUAAUCAUUAGCCAACGGGACCUCGACUUGAAUUGGGAAGUGCAAAUUUGCUGAGCAUAAGAAUUUAUGAACUGUCAAACGGGAGUCGUCGCGAGUGACACAAAACACACAGAGCAGCGCAACAAGAGCAGUAAAGAGACAGAUAGAGAGAGUUAAAUCAAUUUCUUACGAAGAGACGGAACGAGACGGGCAAAACCACUCGUUUUAUGGUGUCGCGAAAACGUCGCGCUUUCCGAUCAGCCGCCAAUUAGUCUUAGUUGCUUAUAAUACGACGAGCAAUUCGGAUUGAUACUGAUCAAAGAAUCGAUAACAAGUGUUCGAACGCAACCCAAUCACUGGAUUCAGCGACACAAAGCUCGAAGAAACCCUUCGGACGGAACCCAUCGAAGUGAAUUCCAAUCUAGAAUUUUGACUCUUCAAAGCAAAGAAUAAGCAGUGGAAACAAGAGAAGAAGGCGAAGUAAUUUCAUUUUAACAAGAUUCCUGUUUCUUCGCUCUUCGUUGGCAGUGUUUCGCCUCCGCUUUGCUGCUCCCAUACACACUGCUGCAUUCUGGUUUGUUCGGUCACCUCGCAGUUCUUCGGCUGAGCCUUCGAAUUGACUGACGACGGCUUGGCAGCGCAAGUGUAUUCGUGUAGGGGCAACUUGCAAGCGAAACCAACACAAACGGAGCUCUCAUUCGCUCGUUUGUUUCAUCGCAUGCGAGCAAGCAACCAGCUUCCAAGAAGUUCAAGAACUUGAGAGCCAUAGCCACAGUGAGUAGCAGCGGCCGAGGCGCAAGCAAAAAAAUAAAGCGAAAAGUGGCCUCAGACAUUCGGUGUAUGUAGAACCGCGCGUGCAAUGAACGGAUGUGUCUGACUGUGUUUGCGGUGGCGAUAUAGGUAUUCGAUGCCGGAAUGUGCUGGAACAGGAUCAUUCGACCAGGUAUCAGCUUCAAACAACGGAAGAAAGCGAAACUUGCCCAAAUGAUUAGGAACAAGUGAGCGAAGUGAAUGCAAACCUACACGUUAACAGUGCAAUGUGAAUCCUAGUUCAAAAAUUUAUCAGUUUUUUUGUUUUGGAAGCCUUAAGCCUAAAAAUUAAUGUUAAUCAGUGCCUUCUGGUUCAGUGUUUCGAUCAGCGUCUAAGUAAACAAGAGAGAAUACAAGUGCGUGAUUGAUGCAAGUGCUGGGAAAAUGCCUCAUAAUAGUUCUACCGGCGAUGAACUUGGCAGCACAGACGAGGUCAAAGUAUUCAAGGAUGAAGAUCGGGAAGAUGAGAAGCCGUCGGAAAAUUUGUUAGAGGAGAAAUCAAGUCUGAUUGAUUUGACUGAAAAUGAAGAGAAAACAGUGAAGAAUGGGGCAAACCGGCAUGAGCAAAAUCCAAUGUACGGCAAAUUGCCACACGGGCAUCCGGGGUUUAACAUGGGCUAUCUGGUACCUUCGUAUGCAUAUCCUAAUGGAACGGCUGGGGGACUACCAGUAUCGAUGGCAAACAAGAUGGGACUGCCACCGUUUUUCUGCCACAACGGAGAUCAUUUAUCCUCACCUCCACCUGCCCAUUGUGGAAUUCUGCCUUACCAGUUGGAUCCAAAAACGAUGGGUCUCACGAGGCCUCCGUUGUACAGCUUUCCUACUAGCCAGUAUCCAUACCCGAUGCUGAGCCCUGACAUGCCACUUGUGGCAUCGUCAUGGCAUACUCCAUCAAUGUAUGGACCAGCAGCUGGAUUUCGAAAUCCAUAUCCGGCUUCCCUUCAAAUAUACACCUCCCUUCCGAGCGAUUUUUAUCGCUACUCGCCGGGUCUUCUUCCUUCGGUACAUACUCAUCCGAUGUUGAAUCCUCAUCACGCCAUAAUCACACCAGGACCGAAACAGGACAUUUCCAGCCAGGACACGUCGCGGUAUAGUUCAAGCCGAUCGUCGAAUCCGCCUACGAUCAAGCAAGAAGGCGGAGAUGAUGUUCCUCAGAGUCGGUUUUCCUCGAGUCACAGUCGAUCGACCAAUAAUAGUCAUCACAACCACUCACAUCACGAUCAAAGUAAUCACAUUAACAACAAUAACAACAACAAUAAUCAUCAUCAUCAUCACAACAGUGGCAGCGGUCAGCAUCGAUCACUUUCGGAAAAAGAGCUAGCAGCUGAAAAGAAAAAGAAUCAUGUCAAGAAACCGUUGAACGCGUUUAUGCUGUACAUGAAGGAGAUGCGCGCGAAAGUAGUAGCGGAAUGUACGCUCAAAGAGUCGGCCGCCAUCAAUCAGAUACUGGGUCGGAAGUGGCAUUCGCUCUCACGGGAAGAGCAAAGUGUUUACUAUGAUAAGGCCCGGCAGGAAAGGCAAAUGCAUAUGGAGCUGUACCCGGGAUGGACUGCGCGGGAUAACUAUGGGUAUGGUGCGAAAAAGAAAAAGAGGAAAAAGGAUAGAAGUCCGGCAGAUCCCGGUGGCAACAGUAUGAAGAAAUGUCGAGCACGAUAUGGUCUAGAUCAACAGAAUCAAUGGUGCAAGCCCUGUCGGCGCAAGAAGAAGUGUAUUCGCUACAAGGAGAUGACAGAUAGCGAAGAAGGGAGAGAUCAGGGUUCCGAUGACGCAAUCGGAAGUUGUGGUAGUAUGGAUGACUCCAAGAGCCCCGAGGAUGACCGAGAAUCGUUGAAUCAGUCUAUGUCGAGUCCCAGAAGUAUGAGUGUACUAUCCAGCCUGCAGUCACCGUCGACUAGUAUAGCAUCACCGUUAAAUUUGCUUGCCAGUCCGGCAACACCAACCAACUAUUACCAUCAUCACGACCAUCUGGGCCUGGCAUCUAUGAUAGCAGCCCAGCAGCAACAACAAGCCCUCCAGAACAGCGCCAGUGACAAACUGAACAAUAUUAGCAGUGACAGCGGUCUCAGUUCCCAACUGAACAACAGCUACAGUAACAAUUUCAGUCCAUACAGCAAUCAUCACACGAUGCGGAACAACUCCAGCCAGAACCAGACGAGUAGUAGUACCAGUAAUAACCUCAGUUCGGGUGUCCCUAGUCCAGCCGGGAAUUUAAACGGUGGCACGAACAAUAACAAGAAUCAUCAUAGCAGCUCCGGCAGCAAUAGUCUUCCCCCACAUCACCAUCAGCCCCAUCCACCGGCAACUGGACCACCUCCAAACGGGAGCAACAAUAGUGUAUCAGCAUUGCAAAUUCCCCCGCAUCUUCAGCAGCUCUCCCUUUCGGGAUCGUCACCACCUAUGGGUAAUAAUGGUUUAUCACUGCCAGCAAACCACAUCAAGGAAGAGCCAGGCUGCUUCCGAAGCAGUCCUCCCAAUUUCUUGCUUCACCAUCACCAGGCAGCUGCGGCAGCCAUGGCAGCAGCCGCACAUUUGCACAAGAACAACGGUGAUCUCACCUCCACCGGAGAUCUGUCUCGAAGUUCCAGUAGUACGACGAACAAUGACAGUGGCCGCAGCACCGGCAGUAGUCAAGCCAACAGCACAAGUGAUAGGUAGUCAAUUGCUGAUAAGUCCUCGAGAUCCUUGCACCCGUGUUUAAGUGUACGUGUGUUCAACAAGCAAUGAUUUCAAUGCGUCCGACGGACAACAAUCCCGUGAUUCAUGGGUUUUGCGAACACAUGGAAAGUGUCCAAGUCCUAACUGUGAUUCAUACUGCGUCGUACGAGAAAAAACCUCUUCGUGAAAGCGCGUAAGGCAAAAAACAACGCGCCAACCCUACUUAAUUGAUCAUUUUCGAGGCUAGUUUCGAAGCCCAUUAUUAUCGCAGUCAUUGUUUGCAUUGAACCUGAAGCGCAACCCGUUUAGCACGAACGACGGCAGUCCACAAUCCAGGUGAUGAGACGAAGAAGAAAGAAUCAAAAAGUGACGGGGGAAAAGAGAAUGCUUAAUUUGACACAUUGUACCCCCGCCGGAGCCCACCGUCUGAUUCAGGACCCACGAUGAGGAGUGCUCCUGCAGGUCGUCGUCGUCGUCGUCAUCGUCGCGCCCAAGUUCCGAAGCAUUUACCAAGUUAAUGGCAUUCAAAAUCGGAAAACACAGCAUCACUUAUUAAUCGUUUGUCCGUUGUUUAUGAGCAUGUUGAGCGAGAACGAGACGGUAUGCAGCAGGGAGUCGACGAGUGAACGCGAACGGGACGGCAGGGAACCGAAAGGUUUUUUGUCUCCUCUUUAAUGGUUAAGUUUCUGUUUUCUUUUUAAACAUUCUUUUUAUCUCCUUUCUCAAAAAAAAACGAAGAAAUUAAUGUGAGUGUGUGAAACGAUCAAUCUCCUUCUUGGAAAAGCAAGCAAUAGGCAUAGGCACAGAAAGAAGAAGCAAAGAAAUGACCAGGAGAAGAAUUGUUUGGAAACAAGUUUCUGUCGGAGCCAAGUGAGGGUGAAGAGGGUAAAAGAGCCGAGAAGCAAGAGAAAAUCAAUCAAGUGUGAUACAAAAGCAAUAAUAAUAACGAAGCGAAGGAAGAAUAUGGCAAGCAGAUAAAUUGAAAGAAGAGUUAUGAAGUGAGUACACACUUUUCGAGCCUCGACCGUCGUCAUAGGGAGAUUCGUUUGGAGGCACAGAUCUACACCCCACACCAACCCGCUUUCCAGGGUGGAUAAUUGAGCCUUCGCGACUCCAUGCGAGGGCAAUUCUUGUAGGCACACAACGCACACGCUCGGUUCGACUGCUUCAGGAUGGCGGUGUGUGUGUUUGUGUGUGUGUGGAUUAAACGUACGUGUGCAGGUUGUGAUUGUGUGUUGUGUUUUUUAAUUGUUUCAUAAAGUAAAUUGCGCAAAGGUUUCACCAAAAAAGGAGCCACCAUACUGUGCGCGCGAUCGAUUUGUAGAAACGGAUCCGUGAAACUCAACAAGGUGCAUGUACUAACAGAGUGAGAGAUAGGGAAGAAAAAACGUCCAAUCUGUUAAAAAAUUAAACGAGCCUUGUUAGAGAACCAGCAAGUGAACAAGCGAAACCGAAUUCCUAUGUGAAGGCGGAGGAUAAUUGUACCGGGUCGGUUUGUGGUUUCUGGUGGGAUAGUGCUACGGCCGACUGACAAUGGAUGGUGUUUCGGUUUGUUGUUGUAAUGAUCGAGGAGCAACCGCAUUCGAGUGGGAAUUCGAAUUGAUCAAGGAUUCACGUCACCGAAGGCGUUUCCUACUGGUCUUGUAAGAAAACAAAACGUAAAGAAAGAAAGAAAGAGUAAGUAAUCUCGAGCCGGAUUUUGAUUGACAGGUUGUAUUAGAUUGGCUGGCUAAUUCUGGUAGAUUAAAGGUGUCAAGAUAAAAAAAAAACUGACAUCCAAGAAUAGGCUGAAGAAUUAUCAAUCAGAUAAAAAAUUAUCAGUUCAGCUUUGGAAAGUAAGGAACUUUAAAAACACAAAUAUAAUACCCAUAGCUUAACACACUUUUUACAUCAUGCGGCUGAUACUACUGUGCGGAUGGAACUUAUAUGCGAUGUCGGUUAUUAUAUUCUUUAAGAGAUUAACCACCGUAAUCGAAUUAGUUCCUGUGUUCCUGAAUGCAGUGCACUACAAUCUUCAUGAGAUGUUACUAGGUACUCAAUAAGUUCAACUAGAUUGCCUAAAAAUUCCAUUCUUAGGAUCUUAAGGUUCUACCAAGAAUCGUAGGAAAACCGCCAUUGCUGAAAAUUGCUAAAGCGCUAAAGCUAAUCCUCCGCAACAACUUGAUGAAUCUUAAUGGAAAAAAACAUCAGCUUGCUCAGAAAAAUGUUCCAAACAAACUGUUAUUUUUCGCUCAACGACUACGAAGAAAACAGCUUUUGCGUUUUUCAACAAUGGUCGUUUUUAUAAUAUUGUAAAUUGCCUCUUAAAUUAAUCUGGGAAAUUCAAUAAAGCGAGUAUAAUAUCUGUCAUUUUUCUUUGUCCUAAAAUGCAUUUUUAUACGAUUUCAAGAUAACUGCAUUGAUCGGUGAAAUAGUAAAAGCAAAGCAAAGUUAAAAUACUGCAAGUCUAUUGCACCUGACUCAUAAGUGUAAGGGGCUAUUGCAUGGGCAAAGCUACAAUCCUACGUACACUAAGAAUCCUUCUAAAUCAAAAUUCGGACAUACGACAUCUGACUUGUUAGACCAGAACCGUAUAUUCUGAAUCACCGACCCGGGCGAAAUGGUAUUCGAAGAAAUAACCUUAACUCCUUUCACCAUAACUUUCUCUUAGUUUUGCUACAAUGUACAAAUUCAUAACAAAUUGCAUGAUUUCUCAGUUCAUUGAUUAUUUUUGCAUGAAAAUCCUAAGAUAUAUAUUCUUAUUGGAAAUUUGCGUAAUCCAAAACGUCUUCCAAAGCUUUCAAUAUAAAUACUUAGUUGACUCUAUUUAAUUGACAGUGAAGAAACGUAUCUUGAUGAAAUUUCGUGUACUAUGAAACAAAAAUUUUAAAAAUUUAAGUCGUUUUCGACACGACGGUGUAUUACAGUCGACGUUUAACUGUUAUUCCACCUAGCAGCUCAACCUGAACCGCUAAGCAGACGCGAAACUCAAGUUCUGUUUGAGUAAUAACUUCUAUAAAAUUGCAUUUCUGAAGAGACGAACGAUUGAUCCCUCAAAAACCAUGUCAUGUAAUUUACAGCAUACUGAUACCUGAAAUCUUAACUGUGAACGAAAGCUUUAUUCCCAUCACUCAACAAAGCAUAGUAGAUUACUAUUCUUAAAAUGUGUUCCGCGGACCUUCGGUGCCAUGGAGUAGUGUUUUUGAUUCUGAUCGUCAAUUUUCGAGCGAUUGGAGAGGAGGAAGUACUAUCCCGUUUUACUGGGAAAUAUCCCGAUCCGAGAGUUUUGGGCCCCUUCCGGAACGAUUUUCCAAAUGCAGCUUCUGGAUCACGAAACUGCAUUAGAAUAUCAUCAACGGUAGAAUGUCAUUUUCAUUUUUUAUGGGAUAUUUAGAGUUCAUUGUCCAUAUUCGCUUACACCUAAACAAGUUUAAUUUCGCUCCUUCAAACCAGUGCAACUCUUUUAAUAUUUCACGUUACCAAACUAAACUUUAACCUCUCAUCCACGAAAGCUUUCAAUAUCAAUUGCCGUUAUGGGAUUGUAAUUCUUGCUGACGAACUUUUCGUCUUCAGUUUCGUUUUAGUCAUUUCGGGAGAAAACUUUUCUUGCCUAUCUGAAACAUAUCUCAUCAAAGGGAAUCGGUAUAACCAGUGGAAAGAUGAUUUGAAUAUUUGUUUGGAAAGUUUCCCAAAAUUUAUGGGCUGUACGACCAUUUUCAUGGCUACCAGAUCAAACUAGAUAUUGUACAUUGUUUCCAAAAGAGAUAAUAAUUAUGUAACAAAUAACUACCUACCUAUAUUGAAAAAAGCUUAAGUAGCUCAAUUGAAGUAAUGAAUCUCACUUGAAACUUCUCGCGAAAAUACUCGUAAUUUUUUAUUGUACUUUCAAUUUAUCAAAAAUCCCAGACUUAUUAUUGAGCAGCAACAAUGUUCGUAUAGAACUCACGCAAUUUACUAUAUGAAAAUCAAACCUCAACGCAUCCUAUAAUAGACAAUAUUCUAAAUUAGUUCAAUUUAUUUUAAAUUACUUCACAUUUCUGAGUUCACAUUUUAAGUAUAGUGUUAUCUCUCUACUUUCGAUCAUAUGUUUUGCUUGGAAGGAAAUCUUGAGAUGUAGAUGUGUAUCACUUCCAAAAAUACGAAUAAAUUAUAACUUGUUUCAUCUUUUUGGAAUUUUCACAUGAAUUAGCUCCAUGCUCAGAAUUGAUUCCCACAUCUUUACACAAAACUCGAUGCCAGUCGAUAACCUCGCCGAGAUCAUUAGCCCCCAUCACAAAAAAAAAUCUUCUGUACUCCAAAGCUAACAAGUAACCGCUCCCCACCCCAACCAUGAUCGUCGCAGUGAUUCAACCUUUCCAACACCUAAAGGUGAUAAAAGUAGAACAUUUACCCAGCACGAUUAAAAAUUACUAAUUACCAAUUCCGAAAAAAGGAGCGAAUAAAGCAGCAAUCAAGCGAUGAUUUAUCUUCAAACUAUGAAUCCAAAUUAGGACAGAUUAUCGCUGAAGCUCUUCAGAUAACAAUCAUCAGGCACUUUGGAAACCAUAACUCAUACCGUAGCGAGUAGUUUGAACCAUGAAAAAUUUGGCCCACGAACUGCUUGGAAAAGCUUAAAGCCAACAACAGUACCGUGCUCACGAGAGCGAGACAAAGAUCCAUUUCAGGAGUAUCAUGAUUUAUAGGAUCAUGAAUACUCUCGCACCUCGUCCGCGACUAACGCGAGGCUGUAAAAACGGUUGGUCCGAUUACAGCCUGCUCGAGAUGCUAUCCGGUAUCUACAAUUACCGGUAUCACAUCCGUACGCAAGAGCCGUACAGACUUGACCCCACCAGCUAUGAAGCCGUCUAUGGCUGACCAAGGUGAGAACGGAAUUCUCAGAAAAUAACACCGAAAUCCAUUCCCGUGAUUUGAAGGGCACAUCACUGCAAGACAAGUGCCCGUUGUGGGAGAAGGGUGGGUUGUUUUAAUGCAGCAGAAUGUAACAAUGGGAGAAGGGGAAAUCGAGAAUUGAUGUGAAUCAAAUCAAUGGGGAAAUAAGGCUGCACACGGAUUGGGAAUGAAAUCGACGGUCACAAGGAGGUAACAAACACUGGGAGCUGUCCGGGGGUUUCGAAGAAACAUGGGCAACUGCUGCGAGAUCCGAGAAGCAUACCUACAAGACGAAGACCAGUUUGAAAAUAAUCGGAAAUAAUUGACAUUUGUGUAGUGGCUUUUCGAGAGCAUCCCAGUGCCCAGUGGAGGAAAGCCUUCGAAGCAUGUUGUUAACUGACGGUGGGGGUUUGGUGACUCUGAAAGUGCAACAACAAAAAAAUACACAAUGGGAAAACGAUAAAUUUAACGUCAGGAACGAAGGGCGAUCGAAUCACAACGCAGGGUAGCUCAACAAUAUUUGGACAUUUUGUCAAGUGCCCCGUCUGGAAAUGCAAUUGGCAGAUGCAUUACAGAUUUGGAGAUUGCAACCAAUCCCGAUAUAGCCCGAACGAACAGACGAUUUGUAUUCUUUGCGAUAGUGCAAGUAUUUACCACAAACCUUCACGGUGGUUUGCAAGAUUGCUUUUUACAUUUCCUACAGAAAAGGACCAACUAAGCCAGACGGUCGCCUUUCGAUCAAUUAGCGAGGAGAGACGAAAAACAACACAGGGGAAAAAAUAAAUGUCGAGUCGAUGAGUCGAAAUGUAAUGGAGUUGAAAAUAAAUAUUGCCUCAAGUAACCUCUUGAACCUAUUCCUUUCUCUAAACGUUUAAACGUACAAGAACCACGGCGCACGAGACUGGCACUGGUGGUACAGAAGGCGCAAGGAAAGACAGAUUUAAGUGAUUACCAAAACCAAAGAUUUCUCCGUUAUUUCGUUUUCUGCUACAUUGCCUUUCGUGGUUCAUUCCUCCUGUCCAGUCCUUUUUUUCUGCCAAUGCAGUUCAACAAUGCAGUGCACGGGGACCAUUAAGGAUUUCGAAGAACUCUACGCGUAUGGCUUCCCCCGCUCUGGUGCCGGCACCGCUCAGUGCUUGGAGGGUUUGUGUCCACAUCUCAAGCAGAAGCCAUUAGCAUAGAAGGUUGUCGAAGAACUGUGGUUGUGCUGGUAUGCUGAGCAAGUGUCUAGAAGGAAGGCUCGUGGCCUAGUGAACUGAAUUUAUUUUUGUUGAAUUGUGCAGCGAUUUAAAAUAAAUCAAUGGCAAUAUGAUCAACUAUUUGAAUUCAGAAACGAAAAACACGAGAAACAAUCAACGAAAACUGUAAGUAAAGUUUUCAAAAACAACAAAAAAAAAGUUGGAGCAAACUGGAGAUCAUUCAUCACCAAACCAGCGAAAACUUUCCAGUUUCGGAUGAUUUAGGCAUUUCCGGGGGUGUAGCCAUAUGUGAAUCCACAUGUUCGCCAUACGACGGAACAUUUGAAGAAAUCUGAACAGCCACCGUUCGCAAAGCCCCGAACAACCGCUUACUCGAGACUGGACGCUUUACCACGGUGAACAGUUCAAGGACGAUAAGCUAACUAGUUUCCACAUCACCAUGGCGAUCACAGUCCGCCAUGGAGGCUCCGUCGUUUUCUAGCUCCUCUUUUGUGUUAUCCCCUUCCGCAAGCGACCGUCUUCGAUCGGAGAACUUCAUUUCGCGUCCAUCUUCUCGCAUUAACGAGGAUCUUCUCGGGAAGCCACCGCGCUUCACCACGGCGACCAGUGAGCACGAAGAAGAAGGAAAUACCAUUUUAAAUAACAUAAUUUAUGGCAUGUUGAAUAAACAAAUAAAUAUUGGGUUUUUGAAUUGAGCAAAUAUCCCGGUGCCAGUCAGCCACGCUCGUCUCGUCGUCUCUGUAUUUGUGCUGUACGUGUCAAGGAAAGCAGCAACAGCAGUAGUUAAGGAAAAUAGAACCUACGAACGAUGGAAAGAGAGAAAAUAAAUGCAGACCUGAACCAACCGAGAAAGCUAAACUAGAAGAAAACUCGAGUGAGAAGGAAAAUAAAUGUUCCUUUGAUUCUCCGGGACGGUUUCGUCGUGUCAGUCGUCAUAGGAAUAGACGACAAGUGAACAAAAACUGAUUAUUGUUUUCCAUCUCGAUUGUGUUCCUUCUAGCGACUAUUUCCUGUGUGAGCGACCAGUUUUGUGGGCUCCCUGUGUCACUUCCUAGAAGGGUUCAGCAGACCUAGCCGGCCUUACUACCAUUCGUGUAUGUGUACAGCGCUAUGUUUGACCGCAAACAGUGACGUCGUGUGUCACCCACAAUUUCGACAGUCACAGUCAUAUUCAUGCGGACAAAAUCUUAGAAUCCCCACAAAACUAUGAGGAAACAACCAGGGUUGGCAGGCAAACAAACUGUUCAAAUUAAAUUGACGUUAUCUUUCCUAACUCAUUUGGAGUCUUCGUGUUUUUUGUAGCCUUCUUGGGUUAUACCAAUAAAAAAUAUUACACAGCAUGAGUGGAACAACGGGAAUACAAAGAGCGAUACGAAGAAGUUCUCUUAUCAGGAUUGAAAAUACAGGCAGUUCCAUAGAGUGGUCUCACUCUGUGUGUGGCAUGCCAACAUAUGACGGGUUCGAUAACUUGACAGUGCAACGCAACCCAACGCUGUUUCGCUUUCUAGCAACCGACGAACGUAUCAAAUAUUUCCGAUUAUUAAUACUUAUCAUAUUUCGUGUUUUGUUGUUCGCGUUCCGGCUUUUUUGCUUGAUAGUGCAUCUAGUUACUCAACUAGCGGAAGGAGGAGUGUACCCCCUCAACCGACAUUGGGAACGUGAUAAAGAUGCUAUCAAGUAGCGCGCGAUUCAGGCUCGAAAUCGAUUUCUAUCGCCAUAAAAAUAUCUUUCUACCCCCUUUAUUUUAUUAAUUUCAAUUGUACUGUCAUAGUGAUUACUAUGAAUUAAUGCUGGGUUUUUGUGUGUGUGUACAAACCAAACCCGAUAAAAAAUGACCCAUUAUCACCUCUGCUUCACACGUUUGUCUAUUUGGCUCUACUGACUGCUGCUGCUGCUGCUGCUUCUACCACCCUGAAGAGAUAUCAGUUCGCUUAUAUUUUUUUUGUUCGUGCUGUGCCUAGCGAUUACCAGCGCAGCUCGCAGAACCCUGAACCCAGCGGAUAUCUAAAUAUUUGUUCAACUAAUCAGACCCGAAAAAUUUAUCGAUGCUACCCAUCACACUCCUAUACUGGCACUAGCAGCUCAAGAGAGACUAUCACUCAGCAAGCUUAAAAUAAAACCAUUUGUUUACUUAAGACUCUUUUUCGUAAUAAAAUUACGGCCACGAGAGUCUGGCGGUAGACUAGAUGCGGAUCGGUAUCAGAUUCCGAGACCAGAAAACCGAACUGCUCCGCGUAAUGCCUAUUUACAUAGCUCUGUACGGAGCACUAGAACCGCGCGCCCAUGCACUCAAUACAGCCGCAACCUGAGACUGUCUUAGCAACCUGCCUGACAAGCUAUCUACAUCACCCUGUCCUCCUAGCCCCCCGGCGAUCGAGCAACCAACAGUCAACUAAGUGCCUUGUAAUCUUUAUUGGCAUUGUAAAUCAACCACAGAAAAAUAAAAAUUUGCUCCGAUGGUUCAAUUGAGUGACCCUUUACAAAUCCUGUGUUUAGGAUCGAUGGCGGCUUAUCAGCAGGCACUUUUGCAUCAAUAACGUGUUUUUGUUGUCGUUGCUGUUAAAUACACUAGGGCUUGAUUAGUGUCGGCUCUGGCGUGAUUCGUGGUUGUAAUGUUGGCGCUUGGUAGGCGGAACUGAUGUCCGAAUAAGUGAUUGACUAAUUGCGGUUAGUUGCACGGACAUGGGCACGGGUGCGGUCACGGUUGUGGAAGCCUAGUUUAAACCGAUCUUGUUAGACUAUAUCGUGCCGUCGCGUCGGUGGGGUUGUGAAUGACAGGCGAAAAUCAGUACGAUUUCAUUGCAUUCACCUUUGUUGCAGUUUUGAAUGGAUUAUGCGGUUAUAUUUUCAAAACCUUAUGUCAAAGGCUACGAGCGAAAGGACGUAGAGGCUUGUCUAUGCGAUUCCAAAAUAGUUGAAUGAGGAGGGAUCCUUGGUACCGAAAAAAUAUAGGAAAUUAAGUUAAGUAGCCAAAUUUAAUCUUGUCACUAUCAUACAAUUGGGUUUAGCAAAUUGGAAAUUUGCAUCAUUGUCACCGUGUUUGAAACUACAUAACUUGUAAUCGUAGUUAUUUCCUAAGACUAUUUUUUACCUUUAGGGUUUUAAUCGAGCAGAAAUGGUUAUUGUUACGUCCUGAUUGGUGUAAAAGUUUUGAUAACUAAGAUAGCACGAUUUGAAGCAGUGAUUGCCAAGCAAUUAAUUUACUCACAUACGUAUUCAUAGGUUUCUAUCAACAGUUCACCUACAAGCAAACUCAAGGCCAUUACGGUUUUCGAUUUCCGAUUCUAGAAACACCGAAAGUAGUCGUUCAAAAAUUCUAUGAUAGAGCUCACUUCCACUUAAUCACAGUCUAAGUUUCGAAUAAAAGGACUCGGGAUUUUUCUGACUGUUAUGGAACAUUUAUCAUAGUAUGACCGAUCUUCACAAUCGAAGAACUUAGAAAAAGAUCUCAAGUUCCUACAGUCUGAUAUUGAAUGACACACUUAGCCGGUCCAAGAUAUACCAAAAAAAAAUUUUAUUGAUUAUUUCACAUGAGCGAUUGUUAUUAAAUUUUUUUUCAUGGGCGAUAAAUUUUCAUGAACGACAAACCAUCUUUUAAGGUUCGGGAACAGCUAAUAGUUCGAGGGAGCCAAAUCAGAUGGAUAAGGUGAUUGGGAAAGGAGCCCCAAUCUUAAAGUUGUGAUGCUCUUGUGUGAAGGCACAUAAUCCUAGUAAACCGACGCAAUGUUUUUUCCGUCCCGAGGAACGCUUCAGUACCUUCCCGAGCACUUUUCUGAUGUGUAUAUUUAAGGUACAUCCGCAUAUGCAUGGCCAUACACGAUUCUGGACUAUUCUUGUUUUUGAUCCAAAGUCACCAUAUGCAGAAACCAGAGGCAAGAUAGUUGUUUUCAUCAACAUAAUAUCGCACAUAAUACACAAUUUGCGCUCUAUAUUAAUCCUUAUAGUAUCUGCUAGCACACACACACACACACAUACAAACUCACUUGGCGGUCGAGUAAUACCAUUUCAUAUGAUUCUUUUUUUUGACAUUCUCCUGUGUAACCGCAUUGGAGGGUCUGCCCCCUUUAACUUCAGCGGCAGUGAUGUCAGCCCGGGUUGGCGGUUCAAUGCACUGAUGUGCACUGGUCUUACGAGCCAGUUGUCGUAUGUUCGAGCCCCGACCUGGAAGGAUCGUAGUACCAGCCAUGCAAUGAUCCUGUACACUAUGAAUCGGCUGCCAAGUCUGUUGAAACAAAAAGGUCAAAUUCCACAGAAGAAAUGUAAUGCCAAGACUUUGCUUUGGCAGUGGUUCUUCGAUCACUAGCCGCUUAAUAUAAUCCAUUAAUCCAAGCAUGCCAAUUUUUUCUUGGGCAACGGAAAAAUAUUACAUCUAUUGAUAUGUGAAAUUACUUUCUUUGGCUGUUGCGAUUGCAAAAUUCAGCUAAAUUGAUUAUGAAGAUAAAGAAAUGAUCCAUUUGCAUAACCUUUAGAUUAUUCAUUUAAGUAAUUUGAGACGCGACUUUACAUGGUUAUUUCCUUGUGGUCAGCAAAGUCAAACUGACUCUGUAUUGCAUUCCUUUUGACUUCGCGGCCAAUUCUGGCUUGCAUGGCUGGUGCUACGAUCCUACUGACACUAAAAUAAUGGCUCAAGCAUACUACAAAUGGAUUGUAAGCGCAACAUUGAGCCGACAACCCGGGAGGGGUGUACGUUCAGGCAGAUCACCAUUACAUUAACCAAUGUAAAAAAGGCAUGUUUUUGGUGCGAAUUUGCUCAAAGAUAUACAAUAUUAUGAAUGUAAUCAGUCAACUGAUAAACAACCCUCAUAAUCUGAAAUCACCUUUCCAAACUGAACGUCGACGCCAGCGAAUGCUAUCGUUCGAUCAGCUGAGCGAUAGUAAUAUGUGGUCAUUUCAACUGAACACUAUCUCAGUUAUCUGAUAUCAGUACAAAAAUUACAUCAAAAAUGCACCACGUCACGAGACCAUUUUAAAAUUAGUGCGUGUUACAUUGGGAGAACAUAAAAUCGAUCAAAGCCUAUUUAAAUUGAAGAUAGACUGAACAAUCAGAUUUAUAUUGAAGUUGAUACAAAUACAGCAGUUAUCAUUUGGAAUAACAUUCACACACAAGCGAAGUUAAAACACGUUACGUGAAUUCAACGACAUUAGGCUCCGAACCUGUUCGUGUUACUUCUACUAAUGAUUUUUACGUCGUUUGUGUUUGGUAUAAUUUCCCUACCGUUUAGUUUUUAUAUCUAACGAGUCGUUUUCAAUUAAGAAUUUAUGUGAUCUUGAUCGGGCUCACAUGCGAGUUUUGGAUAAAUCAGAUUAGACUUGAUUUCAUAAACUAAUGUUGACUACAGCUUGACCCUAUCUAGUUCGCAACCUCUAAAUCUACUUUCCCGUGUUUCAUUUGUCCAGCUCAUUCUCACCUCGGCCGUCGUCCUAAUUCCUGGUCCGACACGCAUUGUGACCGAGUUGGCCGUCACGGCAUAGUUCCGCACAUUUUCUGACCUCUUCUGCCUGUCUCCCGUUGCCUUAUCGUCAUUGGAAGUUUGAUUGCAAGAAUGCUAUCACGAUGUUUGGUGUUGUGUGGAAUUAUCGUGCGUGAUCUUCAUCGUAGUUGCAGUCGCAGUCGCAAUCGACAAGAUCCGCCCUAAAUAUAUUCACACUCACAUCGAUGCUCUCAUCAAAACUGGGCACAACUUAAACUUAAACAAUAAAAAAGAGUCGAAAUCAGCCGGCGGAUCACAUUAUAAAUUCAUCAUCGUUCCAUGUCUAUCGUCAAUUUCUUGCCGUAUUUGUUUUUCACCCGUCAUCGUAGGGUAAGUCGGCAGCGAGCAAAUGGAAAACAUGAUCUCUAGCCAUUACCAGUGCUGCUAACCGCCCAAAGCGAGAGGGGAUCCAAAGACAGUAGCACGGUUAGUAGCUACUAAUUAUAACAUAAUUAAUUGCUCAACUAUAAACUUGAUGUUUUUCCUUUUUUAUUUGCACUACACUACUCGAAUCGAUCGGCCGGUGGUGGAAGCCUGGAAAAAGGGCUCACUUGCAGCUUGAGAAAAAUGUCUACCACUCUACACUAGUCUAGGACCACCAGUCCAGUGUCUGUGCGUUGGCAAGAACAAAGUAAUAACAUUCAUUUAUUAUCAUAAUUACCGCCGAGAAAGAGAGACAGAGAAAGAUGGAUAGAUAUGUAGAGAGUGCAAUUAUAACAUUUUCUGAAUUUUCGAUACCGGCGAAACCCGGUAGCUAAUUACUUCUUUAGAGAGCCACGGGGGAACUGGCUGACCGGGCCAGUUCCGAGCACACAUGCUGACGUACGAUAUGUCGGAGUCUAUUACACUUCGCUUUCAACUACUCCACCUCGGCAUGAGUGUUCAGCAAGUGCAUCGAAUGAUGUUUUGGGAUUCCAUCUAGCGAAAAAAAAUUAAUUUAAUACUCGAUUUGAAUGUAUGGGUGUUGUUGAUGGAUUUUUUCCUUCCAUUUUUGGUUGGAAUAUGUGUUAAGAAAACUGCCCAUUUAAUGAAGCGCUGUGAAUAGGGAACAAAUGAUUAAACUGAAAGGUACUGGACAUUCCCUUCCAUGUAAGCUCUAGUCCUGGUCCCGGCCCAGUUUGAUCAACUUGAAUUUGCAACCUUGCAAUUGAGAUAGCUAACCUUGAGAAUGGGGGCCGUGGACGGCUAAUUAUACACAUGUGAGAGCGAACAAGAAAAUGAGUAUGUUGGCGAGUUUUUCAUUCACUGGUGCUUGGUGGCAAACGAAGAAGGUAUGCCGGUAUGGGAGAGUAGGUGCAAAAAUGCGUUAAGUGCGUUUCAACAGUUAAUUUCCUUCGAAUGAAAAGUGGCACAUCAAAAAUACAUUGCAGCGGGGUUGAAGUCAGACUCGGACCAUCUGCCCUGGGGGAUUUUAUGUUAUGAAAUCGAAUGAAUGCAGAAAUAUGCGAGGGAAUUCUGCAAGGAUCAUGUGUAAUCGCAAUUAGUGUCCAUAGUAAUUAGAAUGGAGAUAACGACUAUUUUUGUAGUACGGUUCGAUAGCUAUACAGUAGCUCAAUUAGUCAUGGAUCAAUUCAGUUUACUUUGCUUAUGUGAUUGUUCCAGGGGAAAAUUAUAUCACAUGAGAUUGUUUGUUAUCUGAAUUUAGUUUACAAAUCACUGUCGUUGUUUGAAAGAAGCAGCCAAUUACCGAAAGGCCAAGUGAAAGCAACACUGAUCUAAACAGCUAAUUAGAACUUUUUCAUAAAUACAUACUAGAGUUUCUUUUGUAAAUUUACGCUCAACAGCACCAGAGAAAACUGCCUUUGCUUGGGCUGUUUUCCCUACAUUGUUACGCCAAACAAAAAACCUCAAAAAUUGUUUUUGUUAUUCUGCAUUUAAUUCGAUAAUUUGCGUUAAAGACUAAUUCUCAAUUAGAAAUUGCUAAUUUGUAUGUUUUUGCCGCCAAAAAACCAUAAUUAUUUUAAGUUAACCAGAACAGGUUUUUGACCGUUUUUUUCAACUUAAUUAUGUUGUUAUUUAUAUGAUGAUUAUUUUGAUCAAAAUUUGCGCUUAUCUUUACGGACGCCUAACAAAACUAUUAAAAGAUGUACCUAAACCUUCCUUUCGCGUUUCGUCUUCGACCCAUUAGUGCAUUAGUGGUUUAUGUUGAACUUCUAAUGACACCUCGCGGCUCAAAACAAACUGAUAUGUAGACGUAAACAAUACUGACAUGCCGAACGUCAGUUUUCAGUUGAAGUUAGUUUAACAAUGUAUGGCACAUACGGUGCAACGUGUAAGGAACAUCAUUGGUACUCUAAUAUGCAAAAUCAGUAAAACAUUUUGGAUUCGGACUGAAUAAUGCUAUUUGUUUUUGCUAUUGCUAUUUCAUCAAUGCAUCGCAGAAUUAUUUCUCAGAAUCUGAAUAAUUUUUUCGCCCAAGAGUUACCUGAAACGAUGAGUUCAGUAAUCUAUGAGUAGUCUUGAAUAACUGAUUAAUUUUUGGUUUCAUAGAGAUUCAUUGUGCAACACAAACGCUUCUAAACCAACCACUACACUACUAUACUGAAUUUAAAAAAAUCGACUCGAAUGCAAAUUUCUAAAUAAGAAUCAUUUCCACAAUAGGAAAUUUUGUCGCAAAAGAAACCGCUACCAAAUGGGCAAAAAGCAUCAGUACAUCAAAGUAAUGGUACUCGCCGGGAGUAUCUCGUCCGAAAAGCGCCUCGUUCCGCAAAACCAGUAAACCGUCGAUCAAACAUUUGAUCGACAGCCGCGCCACUCUGUUACACAAACGCAAUCCAUCAUUAUCAUCAUCGCCGCCACUGCCCCCGUCACAGCCAUCGUGAACUGCGGUAUAAGGUGUGUAAGCGAGUGAACGACACAGAAACAGAGAGAGAGAACUAUUUGACCGAAUUCGUCGCCAUCGUACUCGCUUACCGCCACUACGGAUAGUCACCCACACUCUCACUCAGUUGUUCGGUUCGCUGACAGCGGCAUCAAAGUGUGCGGCUACUGACGGUUGCGCUUGGCGGGUGAUAACGAGUGCAAAUUGAGCGCCACUUGCUCACUUGAUGCGGCGCGAUUGGAUGGCAUGGUAGGCAAGCUGUGUUCGGGGUAAAUGUCGGAAGCGGUAGCGGCAACUACGAUGGUAGUAACACACAUGCUGACUCCUCCGACCUGUGGUGAUUUGCGAACGCGAUAACAUCGAUAACGCCUCCACUGAUCGGACUGUUGCGUUUCACCAAAAAUCAUCCAAGUGUUAAAUUCUGAGCUCGCAUUUAAGCAUGCUUUAAUCUAAUAAAGCGCGCAACUCACGCGUACGUCACUACGAAAAACAAUUUUGAAUAAACCCAAGCACGUGGUUUUUUACUCGAAAACCAUGAAAAAACUUCGCGAUGGGAUGGAAUGAUUGUUUACGUUACUUGAUAGAAGAAUAUUUGGUGUGCACUUCUUCCGGUACCACAACGAAUAGAAGAUCUAUCUGACCGAAACUCGCCCGAAACCGAUGUGGUAGUGCAACGAGAUAUGUGUAAAGAAUGGUGAUAAUGGAGGUAUUUCACCUUUUUAGUGUGUAAAUAUUGUUUAUAUUUUUUUUCAAAUUUUACUCUAAACAUGGAUGGUCAGACGGUAUCUUGAUGAGCGCUGGGGUGAGGAAUGUAAAUAUUAAGCUUCCAUUAGGGCAACGUGAAGCAAAAGUGCUGUUUUCAAUAGUACUAAAGUAAACAAAUACUGGUUGUGGAGUAGCGUUUCGGAAUCAAUAAGCUUUGGAGAAGCAAAUAUAAGCUUUGGAAUGAAGCCGAUGACGGUCCGAGCGGGAGAUUGAUUGAGGUUGAAGUGCUAAAUUGAAGCAUCAAUCUGUGUUUUUGUUAUUUAAUUAUAGUCGAUAAGCAAAUCUUAACCGAAAGCAUGUAUAACCCAAAAAUGAAUUCAACUGGUAAUGAUUUAUGGGCACACGAUUUGUUUUUACCCUGAAUUACAAACACUAUCGACACAGGAUACAAAAAUACCAUAGAAUGACAAUAGCCAAAUUAAAUCUAGCUUCAAGAUAUUUAUCCUAAAUAUUUUGAUUUCUAAUCAUUUCACUGGAACAAAAAUUAAAUGAAGCUUGUCGUAUUGACGUUCCUAAGCAUUCAUGAGCUCCAUUUCUCUAGACAAUAAUCCCUCUAUUCCCUUGAAUGAUAAGGUUCACUAUCACGAGUGGUAACAUACACACAAACAUUAAAAGUCCUGUCUAGUAUUUAAUCAAAGAUAUGGCGUAAACAGCCAGAAGAACAAAAAUAGGGCCAAAGUAAACUGUCACUCUCAGUCUACCAUCAGCCAACCAACCAGCUAGUCAAUCAAUAACUGUCAAUCAUCAGAGCACUGGCACAAAAAUCUAAACUCGGUACUUCUCCACACCUUCCCCAUUGCUAUCACUUGUAAUCAAUCAACGAGCAAACAAAGUUCAGCCACAACCAAAUGCAAUCACAUUCAUUUCCACCUAUCGUUUGAAAAUUAUAUAUUGCUGUCAGGAAAUUGAGAUUAACGUGUUUUCGUACAAGAGCAGGGAGUAAAAUAUCAGUGAUCAGUAAUCCGUCAGUCACACAAACAAAUGAAAUGACAAAAAAUCAAUAAACUACUAGAACCUUAGAGACACUACAGACAAGACAUCACUUGUUUACUCAAUUUCACACACUUGCAAAUGUAAACGGUUUCAACACUCGGGUCACGAUACGAUCGUUUUUCGUCCGUUAAUUCAGCCAUUUGGCGACGAGGUAAUCAAUGCUAAAUACCAGAGCAAACAUUCGAUUCUGAUACACUAUGGUAACACCACAAACAAUAGGUGAAGAACCAAAUAAAAUGUGCGAAUGAGAUAGAAAAUCAAAUUAAUAAAAAAACUAAAUAAAGUGCGACAAAAGAUAAAGAUAGCAUUCCUCGAACAGCGAACGCCAAAUGCAAACAGGCGAAUGAAAAAGAAGAAUCUUCGAAGAGUUAAAGCUGUUAGCUAUCAUAAGUGAUUGAGUAAACGACUGAAGUGGUCUCGUACGUCUCUUGUCAAAAGUCGGUUUUUUGUGGGCCCGAUUGGGAGGGUAACGAACAAUACAUAGACGAAACAAUGUGCAAUAUUUGUGGGGUUAUACUGGAGAUUUUUUGUAGUUGUUUUGUGUAAAUGCAAAACCAUAUACGUCUGUGACACGUUAAUUUCGAUUACUGACAAUGACCGGAACUGGUUUUACUAAAUUUGUAUUGUAGUGCAGAUUUUGUCGAUCGUAAAAAGCAUGUAUUUAAAGUGAAUACAUGUUUCAAGGAUACGUUCAUAGUGAAGGUUUCUAAUUCAUAUAAUGCUAGUAAGGGACAUUCCACUUGAAUACGGUAGUAAAUCAAUAAUAGGUAAAAAAGGAAACAAUUUUGUACUUUAGUGAAGAAAAAACAACCUUUUUAAUGCUACCAACUCAGUGAAAUAGUAGAUAAUGCUUGUCAGCAAAUUUUUAGCAUUGAAUAAACUCCAUAGAAAUGCGAAACGCGAGAAAACGAUCUCUACUUAUAGUAAAGUAAGCAAAUGAAAUGCAUAAAACUGAUAGACUUUAAACUGAUAAAUAUAAUGAAUAUUAGUAAGGUUUUAAUACACUUAAAAUCGAAACGAAAUAAAUAGAGAGCGAGAACAAAACGCGGAAUAAACUAAACUGAGAUCAAGAACGAAGUGCCAAACUAGUGGCUUAUUUAUUUAUUUUUUACACAUAUAAAUAUGAGAUUUACAGCUAAAAUCGCAUUAACAAGAAACGUGUUUUUAAUGCCGUUGUUAUCAAAUCCGCAUUGAAUCAGCUCACCAAACAUGGACGAAACACAGAAACACACACACGGUUACGAUACGAAAUUCUCGGCCAAAAGUGCACACAAGAAUUAUCAUCUGUGAAAAAAAACGAAAAAGCCAAUGACGACGGGGGUGGCGGAUUAACAGCAGUAUCAACGAAAAUGUCGUUCUCUUAUGUUUUGGUUUGACGUUUGAGCAACUAACAAGACGAAAGAGAAAGAAGCUCGAAGCCGCGCCAGAACCAGAGCUUCUUUCUUUAUCAUCUUGUUAACAUAUAUAAAAUGAAAUAAAGGAUAAAGAGCAAGAGACACAAGAUAGCAACAAAAAUGACUAAAGCAAACGACUCUCAGUCAACAUUGUAGGAAUAAGAUCACACACAGUCAAGGAUAGGAAGAAAACAUAGAGACUACCAAAAAUGAACAGAUUUAAAUUGUUCCCGGUUACAAGUUUGGUCCGUUUUAAGACACUUGUUGACGGAUAGUGGGUAAAAAAGAUUUUUGUUUAUCACAUUUCCCCACUGAUUACAUUGCUGCGAUCAGUUUUGAUAUUACACGGAGCGACUCACCUCAACCCGCUAUCUGUGAAUGAAUUUAAUUUGAUUACCUCCUCGGAAUAUGGCACAGCAAAAGGUUCAACAUGUUGUGCAAGCAAUGUGACAAAGUCGAACAGGUUGUGUAGAGCAAACGUUCACACGUCCUUCAUCGAUGCAAGCCAAUUUACCAAUUUUGAAUUCUAAUCAGUGCUGAGUUUUAGUCUUCAUUCAUCUGCUUCCUGAUACUUCGUUUUCUGACUAUGACGGCUAAUAGCGAAUUUUAAAACAUUAAAAAAAUCGGUCUCGGUCUCGUGCAUCAAACUGCGUAGCGAGUUCCAUCGAAAACGAAAUAUUCACGAAACGAUCUCAGUAACCCGAGCAGAGUCGGUAAUGAAGAGAAUAAAACUACAACUGAAAACAAACGCUGAAAAGUAAUAAAAUAGAUUUUAUUUCGUCUUUUUGUUAUUUAAAUUCUUCUAAUAUUCAAAUCAAGUUCACAAAAAACUACCAAGAGCAGCAUGCAAACCAGUAAAAUACAAUAAAAAAUGUCCCACACAGAAUUCCAGACCGAAAACUUAUACCGAAGGAAGUGUUCGGUCGAACUGAUGACUUGUUUUCUGGAUGGUGUGGGGAGUGCGAAGUCGUUUGAAUCUUGCUUUUUGUCCUUUUUUUCCUGUCUACACGACCACCACGUGUAAAGCAAAACAUCAAAAUAUGUUGGUGAACGAAUCUGCUGCCUCCAAAACUAAUGAGAUAGAAAAGAAUCACAUUGUAAAAUAAUUUAAAAGUCAGUAUCUUCAAAACAAUUGCGAAGGAAUUAUGGGCGAAGAAAAAACUUUUAAAAAGUUAUAGUUUAUAAACAAACAGAAUCAAAAUUAAUUCGUUGCAGAAUGUUGAGUAUUGAGAAACGAAUGAUAAUUUUUCUAUAAAUAUUUUUGUAGUUUCGAGCGAAUGUAUGAGUGCGAUCUUUAAGCAGAGUGUAAUAUCCAUUAACGUGGGGAGCAUAUUUUUCUAUAAUUUUUAUUAUUGAUUAGGUAGUUAAAACAAAGUAUAAACAAUAUCAAAAGUGACGUUAAGAAAGCAAAAACUUGAAAAAUAUUUAGUUAAUGAAUGCUGAAACCUCUAGUUGAUAGCUGUAAACAGUUUUUUCUGUAAUAAACUUCCAAUAAAAGUAAGAAAACAGCUGUAAAUAAAAAUAAUAAUAGUUAUAUUUAAAAAAUAGAAAACAAUUAUUUCAUUGUAGUUCAUUAGUUCCAUCGAAGUAAGCAAAUCCGAAUCUCCAUUGUUCUCCUUUCCAUCGUCGCCAAC